AUGCCUCCUCGACACCAAACCCUUCCGCCGCCGCAGACGGAGGCGGCUCGCGAGGCCCAAAAGUCAUUCUACUGUGCCCUCUGCGCCAAGGGUUACUCCCGCAUGAACGACUACGACGCCCACCUCGGCAGCUACGAUCACGCCCACAAGCAGCGGCUGAAGGACAUGAAGGCCAUGGUCAAGGACCCCCACGCGGGUGCGCGCGCUCGAAGGGCCGAGGCCAAGGCCGACGGUCUCGUCAGCAUCAAGAUUGACGAAAAGGAGAAACGGGCGUCCGUCGGGGCCGGAGGGAAGAUGCCCGGCUUCAAGAGGAGCGGCUUCAAGAAUGCCUUUGCCCCGAAGCAGGAGAAGCCGGUCGAGAGCAAGAGCGUGCCCAAGCCGGCGCCGGCCCAGGGUGCUGCGGCCAAGAAGGUCGAGUCUGCCCGAGAAAGCAGCAGUGAAGACGAGGGCGACGACGCGUACGAUCCUCGAUAUCCCACCGAUUGA